CGCCUCCCAUUGGCCGGCGUCCAGCCCCGCCCACUCAAGAUGGUGGCGCCCAUUCGAGCCGAGGAAGCCUUGGGACGUGGAUAAGGCUAACCCCCCCGCGGGGGGAGGGGGAAGCGAGCCGGGACCCCCCCCGUGGGAGAGCGGGUUCAUGCCGGGACCACCCUCGUCAGGGCACGAGCCAUGGAUCUAGUGUUCCUGGUCAUCAACGGCAUAGGGAUGGCCCUGGAUUUCCUGGGCCUCCUGCUCAACGUGAACUUCUUCCUGGUCUCCACCUUGGUCUCAGUGCUGGUCUGGCUCAUCACGUUUAUCUACAACCUUCCCAAUGCACUGGUGGCUAGUGUGAUCCACUGCUGGAAUGGGACUUUGUUCUCCUUGGUGUACCUGGUGGAGGCACUUUGCUGCCUGGCCCUGAGCUCUGUCCAAACUGUCACCGGUCUGUUCCGAGGCUUCUGCUCCAGCCUGGAGAGUCUGAAAGUGAUUGGGAACCUGUUCUCGCACCUUGUCCUGAGAAGCAAGGAACUUGUGCACCGAGGGCUCUGGAAUGUGGUUGGCUCCGGCCAGUCGCUCCUGAGGCAGGUAUGCGAAGUGUUUACCAUUGUCAUGAGCCUCCUCGCCUACUUUGUUAACAGCAUCAUCAACAUCUGCCUGAUCGGCACCCAGAAUCUGGUGCUGGUCCUGUGGGACUCCAUCAUCAGCCCUUUCCUAAGAGUCACAGACCUCCUUGCUGCCUUCCUUACUCACAUGUCUAGCAGUGCCAUUGCCAUGUCCAUUCUCGUGUGGUCACCCUGCCAGCUGGCAUUCGAACUCCUAGAGUCCAUGAGCAAGCUCCUGGUUAAUGUCUUCCUCCUGAAUCUUUAUGGCCUAGUGUUGCUGGCCCUAAUUGUCACAGUCUGCACCUUAGUCCUCAACCCUGAGCUGACAAGGACGCUGGUCAACCAUGUGUUGGGAUACCUGAAUACCUUGCCUUCCUACCACCGCCUGCGGAGGGACAUCUGGCGCCUCUAUCAGAUUGUGCUCUUGUCGCUGGGGAUGGUUGUGAGCUCCCACGCUUGGCGCAGGGUAGCAGGCUGGAGUCUCCAAAUGGCCAACUGGAAUGGAGGAGGCAGAGCAACAAACCAACAGGUCAAUCAAGCACCACAAGGUGCAGAGCCCAUCCAAGGCAGGCAAGGUGCAGCUGCAGCCGUUCAUAGGCGAGUUGCUCCUGGAGGAGCUCAUCAGGGAAGACCAGGGCUGCCUGGAGCCAAUCAGCAGGGUGCAGCCGGUGCCCGUCAGGUGCAGCAGCUGGCAGCCAGAGGACAUGGGGACCAACAUGGCCCGAACGUUGAGCAAGGAUCAAAUGCGCAACCAGCCUCUGGUCGAAACGCCACAGCAGGGCAGUGCCUCCAGCCUCCAGGCGAAGGACCAAGCACAUCACGAGCCAAAGCUCUGAGGAAAGAGCAGCUGAAUGCUUCGGAGGAGGACAGCGAGGAUGUCGCUCUGGAGAACGACCCGUGGAUGCUCCUGAAAGAACAAGAAGAACGUAAAAAAUGUGUCAUCUGCCAGGACCAAACCAAGACAGUCUUGCUCCUGCCCUGCAGGCACUUGUGCCUCUGCCAACAAUGCACCGAAAUCUUACUGCAGCAGGCCAUCUACCAGCGCAACUGCCCGCUCUGCCGGCAGAUGAUACUGCAGACUCUGGACGUGUACCUGUGAGCUCGGAGUGUCGCUUAAUCUACAUUCCACCGGGUUUACCCGUAGUGCCAGCCAGCACAGGAGAAUCCUGGGACCCCAGCUUCACGGUGGUGUUACUUUCUGUGCCAGGUACCAAGCAGCAGCUCAGCACUUCCUAUGCCACCUGGAGUUUUCCAAAGAACCGACAAUGGCAUCAAAACAGAGAGAACGUUAGAAGCUUCGUUUCACUAAUACUAUGGUGUAACUCGCUUGUCGCUGCCGCUGGAAAGCACAGUAGCCGAUCUCAAUAAUGGACCGGAAGGUUUUGGCAGUUGAAACUUCCAUAUUUCAAGGACUUUUGCCCGGAAUGCAGACUCUUCCUCCGUUGGCUCAUCAUACAGAGUAUCCAAAGCAGAGCUUGAAAAAGGAUCCAGACACUUCCUAGCCAAAGUCUUCUAUGAAAGAUGGAGGCUGUGCCCUGGUAAGAAACUCAGCUGUUAGGAAAGGGCAAACUCUGGGAUUCCAACCCUGCUGUUAGGAGCAAGGGAGGGCUCUUGUGGCAGGCUUGGCUAGUGACUGCCUGAAAAUCUUGGCAUUGCUCCUCUUCUCUCAGCUAGGGAGAGGGAGCUCUUCUUGUGCCCAUUUACCCUCCUGCUUUCUUGUAGGGAGGCAGGAAGGGAGUUGAGUGGCUGAGAGCCUGCAGCAGCAGAGUGAAAUUGACAAGGUCUCGGUCAGUUUCACAGCAAACCACAGUGCUGUCUUGUCAGUUUCACACUGGUGCCCCAGGCUUACAGGCCCAGAUUCUCAAAGAUGUUUAGGCUUCAAUUGCUUAUCAAUUUCAGUGGGAGUUGGGCACUGAAAUACUGUUGAGGAUCUCAGCUACAGCCCCUAACGAGUGGGCAAGUGCAUCUUUCAAGCCUGAGCCGAAAGACUGGCUAGUGAUCUCCACAGCGAGAGGCCUAUGUGGCUUUUGGUUGCAGAAGCACACCCUGUGCAAUCUUUAAUCAUUCCUUCGGAAACUGUCACAGUAUUUUGGACCCUGGUGCCAUCUGGGGUCUUUAUUUUUCCUUUUUCCCCUUCAAAAGCUGGUAAUGCAGGGAGAAAAUUACUAGGCUGUGGGAUUUUCCAAGCUCAUUUUCUCCAUUUCUCUCAGGGCCCCGCCUCCUCGAGAGAUGCAAGUUAGAAGCCAAAUGUUGCUACUGGGGAGAACACAAACUCUUCCCAGUUUAACUUACAGUAGAGUUAAGUCAGCACUUCCUUGGAUACACUAGCAUGGAAUUAGCACAGAUCACCUAUGCAAGAUAGCACAUUCCAGACUCUUUGCACAGCUUUUUUUUGGGAGGGGUUUGAGUGGGUUUUUUUUCCUUUUGAAGAUUUUCUUCUCAUGAAUGUAGUGCUGUCUUAACAGCCAUGGAGACUGAAGGCCUCCAUUUAUCCACAGAACAGGUCCAGCUUGGACAGCAGCAAUGUGAGCAUCCACACCUCACUGUACCUCCCUCCGCACUCGGAGGGUCCCCUUUAGAAGGGACUUGAUUCUCUGUGGCCUACUCAACCCAUGGCCUUUACUGAGACUGCUCUAGAGCCAACCCGUUGUGACAGCUUUCACUGUCUCCCAGUCUGGGUUGGAAUUGAAGGAGAGGACUCCGAGGGGGAAAAGCUCCAAAUCCCAAUGCUGGACCUCUAAGACGUGCAGGUUCUGGGGAGCAAGUGCUUUUCGAUGUGCGAUGAAGCUGUGAUUGCACAUAUAGGGGUUGUAAUUUAGAGUGGGAUUCUAUAGCGUUGUGUUUUACCGAUGGCCUGAAAUGUGAACCGUAUGCUGAGCUCUCCUUUGCUUUUCACCAUCCCCCUGCAGUGAAACUUAGCAGUAUUGUCUGCACUGGGAGGCCUGGAGGGCCUGUCAACAUUUUGCCAGUAAGCGUAAUUCCAAGAGAUCAGUGAGCCGACAAUUAGAUAUUUAAACUAAAACCUUCUCGUGUUCCCGGAUGCUUGAGAUGGGUUAUAAGAGUGCCAGAAUCAAUUUAAUCGUCAGUGCUUAAAUUGGAAAGAGCCCCUGGACCACAAUACAAGAGUCUGAGGGAUGUUUUUAUUCUCUCUCAAGCUAAUAAAUAAUUGAUGGUUGGUCUGACCCCAAAUGAAGCCCUGUAUUAAGGCCAGAGAGCACUUGGGGAGGAUCAAAUGAGUUUGUUUACACUGCAGAAUUCUGUGUCAUAACGAGAUGCAGGCUAGUCGGUGUGAAUGUAACUGAAUAGUUACAAGCACUUCGUGGGACGGUGUUACAGCCGCACGGUGAAAUGCUGGCUGUACUGAUGGCAAUGGGAAAAUUGACUUCUUUAGGUGCAGGAUUUACCCCGGUCUCUCUAAGGCGUUAGCAUAUGGGGCGGCCCCUGCAUGGGGGCCAGAACCAAAGAGUUCUACCAGGGGCAAGGCACAGCACGCCACACAACAGCCUGUAGGAGACCACCCAUAUUUGUGUGCUUGACGGUCUCAGGGAGGCUGAUCCAGGUGUUGGCGGAGAGUUGCCAUGUUUCGGGCGGGAGCGUCACCUGGCAGACAAGCGUGAAGGGUGAGAUGCAGAACCUGCGAGGUUAAGCUUCUAACCUCAAACGCUGCAAGGGAGCAGUGCUGCUAGUGGGCCACUGAGACAUAAAAUGACACAGCUUUCAGGUUCUGAUCGAUUCAAAAAAGAAUCAUAGACCAGCAUUUGAAUGGCUGCUGCGUGAUGCCGCUGGCAAGGGGAUGAAAAAUAUCCUUCUCUGCCCCUUCUGAGCACCUUACACUUGAAAUCUUGCAAAAGCAAGAUGUCACUGAAUCAAGUUCUGCCCUCGCUUGUAACCCACGCAGCCAGAGGUCCAAUCCAACCCGCAGCCAGAGGUCCAAUCCAACCCACAGCCAGGCUUGCGGUCCUUGUGUUUACAAUCUUUUACUUUGCUAUUUUAAAAGAAAGGUUUCCUUCUCCCCCCGCUGCAGUUUGUUUCAAAUGUUGCUUUCCUCUCCGUCUGGCCAGUCCCUUUCACUUUCCGCUUCGCCUGCAUUGGCAAACACUUCUGGGGGAUGUUGAAAUCCGAAGGGAGAAUUGUUUAUUUUCUGUGAAUUCCCCUGGAAACGGUCUGAAUGAUUUUUGGAGUUUGUACAACCCUCCGCCCCCCCCAAUCACCACAAGAGUGUCUCGAAUGGUGGUUGCGGGGCUGGGCCAAAGCUCUCUCCCAGUGGUACAUGUGUUCUGUCUCUUCAGAAAGUGCUCCAGUGCCUUAGUGCUGACUGGCUGGGCGGGGGAGACCAUACCAAAUAAAAAGAAGUGGGGAGUAGCUGCAUUGCUAAAAGCCCAAGUUUAUUUUAUUCAUGCCACAAGUUGCACAGGCGCAAUCUAAUACAAUAGCACGGGUCAGCUGGUGUAAAUGGGCAGAGAGCUACGCCCAUUUCAGCCUGAGGAGGAUCUGGCCGAGGAGGCUUCUUAGGGUCUUGGGGAGGUGCAGCGUCCGUAACUGUACGUAACGCUUUCCACCUGCUCCAGCACAGCCGAGGCUAUUCCGCUUCUUCCUAACCGUCCGCCUGGGACGCUGGAGUCAGCCAGAGGCCUGCGCAGCGAACCCGCCUCCCCUUUGUAAAGUUAGCCAGACCCUCCCGAUUUGUGCCUUUGUAAAAAGCUGGCUCCCUCACUGCUGCUCUCUGGCUGCCCUGCUUCAGGGGGUUAUUUUGAGCGAUUGCUUUUCUAAUGCAGUCCCCUGAGGGCGAGAGUUUCGUAUCAGGCUUUCUGGGGGACUUCUCUUCCCAGAGCUCACUGCUGCUUCCCUUCCUACCCAACCUUUUUUGAUGUUUUAAAAGUCAGUGUCUUUGCCUUUUUAGGGGCUGUUUUUUGCUGUCCAGAAAAGCUGUGUGUUUUAAGGUUAACUCUUUGCACUACGAACCUGACUCUGCACAUUAAAGUCUCCUUUGCAAAAACCAAA